GUUACAUUCCCGGGAAACUCGCAUCAUGGCAACUGCCCCGCAACUCCUCGGUGAUCAUCGUCAAUGGCGCCGAAGCUUGGGCCAUUCAACAGCUCCUGGUUGCGCCUGCCAAGCACAGUCGGCUGUUAGGCGGCUGCAGCUGCCAGCCAGCUGCCUAGUCGUCUCAGGGGCCUUGCCAGGGGGGAGUUGGACAAGAUAGGAAGGAAUGACUUACACGCAAAGGCAAGACCACCCCACGAAUCGCACAAAUCUGAAGAAAAAAUGUGUGGGAGAAUGGCGGAGACCAAAUUUCACUUUCUUGAGGAAUACUUUUCGGGUGUCUCUGAGGUCUGUCACAGCUGGCUCUCUUGGCCUUUGUCACAAACCUGCGUCGACAGAAUACUCACACUUUCUUAAAACAGUGCACACCGGGACAGAGAUUGGUGACGAUGGAGCAACGGCAAUCUCAGCUGGCUGGUAAGGUCACCAAAACGCUACCGAAAUCAAGACAUGCCCAGACUUCAGUCUCGCGCCAGAACGGAGGCCUGUUUCGCCCAGAAGAGUUGGGUUCGGAAUCGAAGGACCCCUACGACCUGUCCGAAGACUCUCAAGAUGAUCACGAAGAGCUCCGGCUCCGGCGGCCCGCGAAGAAAGCACGGCUAAGCUAUGUUGAUCGCCCUGCCCAUUCGUCUGCACAAAAUUACCCAAAGAGUGCCUCCGUCGCCGUCGAUUAUCCGACGCCUAAGCUAACGAGUGAGCUAGCUAAUGCCUCAUCCACCGUCAACUUGUGGUCCUUUUCGUCCACAGACGAUUUGGAUGCCGCAAACCCCGGGUCGUUGGCAGCGACGGUCUCCAAGCUGGACCAGCUCAUUGAUGAGACCUACCUUCAACAAUGUCAUCCCGCAACACCUGGGACAACUCUCCAAACAGACGCCAAUGGUGUGCUUCCUAGUGCAAGGCACACUAUGAGUUUGUGUUCUCUUCCAGACUCAACUCGAACAUGGGGACAUAGCGAGAAUGGCAAUAAACAGGAGGAUGGUCCUGCCAACCACAAUGGGCCCCCACGCCACCAGGAAACCCAGGAACUACCCUACGCAGAUUGCAACAUGUUUGACUCUCGAGGUGUCGCUGUCAAUCUUAUGUCUUUUUCCAACAUGCCGAAAGUUGAGAGCGAAGACGAAAGCUACUCGGUAACGUCGCUCGAUGAAGAGGAUUUGGUGAAGUUGGCAGACUCGAUCGACCGACCAUCACGUCAAUCACCGCCGACCAGCAUGCUACGAGACAUGAGCAGCAUCUCGUCUGUGGGGACGUACGAUCCGGACCUUAAAAGGUCUUUUCACGGCAAGCCUGCAGAGGGGCCAGAAGAGGAUGAGGACCUCAUGGACUCAGAUAUUGAUUGGAGCCCGAUCGUGGACCAACUAGCCUCACAAGCCAGGCCCCAUUCCGUUGACCCGCCUAAAUCUCAGCCAGUACCUGAAAUUUUGUCAACUAAUUCGCAGAAACCUGAGUUGGCUCCAUCUCACCAGCUUGUGGUUCGGCCAUUCAAUCGACCGCCCUUCCCAUCGACACUUCGGGACAAAUCUCCCGUGUGCGGACUCUCAAAUAACACCGUUUCACGCACUUGCUUCCGCCUCGGGCAUCUCAUCGCGGAGAACGUUCGGAAUUCAUCCCAAAACCGAGAUGUCGUGUACGAGCUUUACGCGCGAGUGAACUACUCACACCGAAACCGACCCUCUGCCACUCAGAUUCCACUCUUCAAUGUCAUCAAACAUGACAACUCGUUUCGAACGCAGCACUUUCAGUUCAUGGACCUGUGGAAAGAUUUGAAGCCCCAUGUCUGGGGUGUGUUGGAGAAUUGGAGGCCCGACGGGGUUCUUGAUAAACUGAGUAGCAUCUUCCUUUCGGCUGGACCACCUCCGUCGCAAUUCUCGCAACAAAAUGAGGUCGAGCGUGAGAGAAAGCUGUGCCGGUGUAUCUGCCGCAUCUCUAAAGCGCCCAAGGGGGCGUCUCAGGCUGGUGGGCGGAACAAGAUCAACAAUCCUGAAAUCGGAGGUUGGUCUAUGAAGGUGUUGUGGAUAGAAGAGGUUGGGUGGGAUGCUAUUGAGAAGAUGAAGAGCAUUAUUUGUCAGGAGUGAAGGGUGAUGUUAAGGAGGAUGAAGAGAUGCGGAUUGACUUAUCAGGGAAGGGUAUGGGGUGAUAAUUUGCUGGACAUGGAAAUAUUUGCUUAAUUGUGGGGAAAUGAUUAAGUGGUAUGGAUGAGUUUAUGAUGAGAUUGUAAGUCAUCUCUUGUAAUUCAGUUUUACCUGUUUUUGAUCCUCGCUCUCCAAGCCUUAAGAGUCCUAGCCUUUCCAAUCUGCAUUCGUAACCUCUCUACCUCUGGUCCUAG